AUGAAGAAGUUGGACGCGUCGCGGGACAAGCGCGCGGCGUUGGCGGCGUGCGCGGGGACGAGCGCGAUCGCGCGCGGCGAUGGCGUGCGCGCGGAAGACGUGUUUGACGUUAAAGGGGUUUUAGUUUCGCUCGCGGCGAUCGCGAGGGAGGGCGCGGCGGGGUCACCGACGCGGUUGAGCGCGGCCGCGGCGGACGCGUUCGCGGCGGUGAGUACGCGAGCGGCGGCGGCGAACGAUUCGGACGCAAGUGCGAGCGGCGGUGAGCGCACGUUGAUGGAUUCGUUCGAGGUGUGCGACGAAAUAAUCGGUGUCGUGUCCUCGUGGGCGCGAGUCGACGAACGCGGGUCGUCGGGAUUGUUUAGGGAGUGUUGCGACAGGGCGCGUGCGCGGUUGGCGUCGCUCGCGGCGAGCGCGCGCGACGUAGAGGGCGGCGACGAUGCGGCGGCGCGCGCGUUGCGCGUGAAAUCGCGCUUGUUUAAUCGAGCGUGGAGUGAUUGGGUGCCUGCGCUCUCGGUGAGGUCUAAAAAUUCGGAUGGGGAUAUGGUGACGGCGUUGGAAUCGGCGUUCGGCGCGGCGAGCGAGAUGGUGAAUUCAGACGACGCGGGCGCGGGCGACGGCGUCGCGCACGCACUCAUCACGGUGGGUUUGCACCUCGGGAGAAUAGGCAUCGAUCACGAAAAUCGUCAGGUUUUAUCUUCGAUGGUGAGCGAAGAGACGGCUGCGACAUUGGAUUCGAUGUUGCAAACGUACGCCGGAUCUGCGCUGCUCCCGGCGCUUCGCUGCUCGAACGAAACCGCGCAAAGCGUGGCGGCUGUAUUGAUACGCAUUGUACUCGCGCCCGAGCACUUAGGAUGGACGGAACAAAGCGAAUCUCUUCUCGGUGGAGUGCUCCCACUCGUCGAAGAAGGUGACGACGUGAUUUCCGCCGGCUUUGCGAGACUCAUCGCGGAUUUAGUCGCGAGAGAUCCGCGCGACGAAUCCUUGACGCGAAUAUUGCAGAUUUGCGGUGGGAGCUCGAGAAGUGCGAAGGUGAGCGCGUUGCGCGUGCUCAUGGAAAUCAUGCGACAGAAAGGGUCGAAUUUGAGCUCAGAGACGCUCGCGACGGUGACACGCGCGAUACUUCCAAGGUUGGGCGACAGAGAUUUGGAAUCGCGCAAGGCGGCGGCCGAGGUGUUUGCGCACGCGACGCCGUCGAACGUGUUCCCAGUGCUCGUUGAUCUUUUGCUGUCAAAAGAUUCGGAAGAGCGUUCAGCAGCUGGUGAUGCCGUCGUGGCGACGCUGCAACAGCAACCGUCUCCCGCGGCGGCGCUUGAUACGUACUUUGCCACUCUGCUCGCGCCGGCGAUGUCCAGCGACGUCGCGACGUUCGGGGAGAAAAUCUCUCGCGCAGUCAAGCUACUAUCACGUUUCGCUGAAACCGUGCGCGCGAAUGAGUGGAAAAGUGUCGUUCAGACGUUGACAUCGUCUAUUUUUCGAUCACCCUCUUCGUCCGCGUUGCAUCAGGCUGUCGCGGCGCUGACGCCCUGGAUCGGAAAGCCGCCGGCGAGCGAUUACGUUGUCGAGGCGUGCGCGCGACAAUUAUCAACGCAGAGCAUCGAUAAAGGCGUAAACGAGCGUGAAGUUUUCGACCGUUUAGCACCACUUUUACUCUUGCGCGUGCUUCCAGUCGCGGUGUGGGAUGAAUCCAGCGAGAACAAAGACGCGAUUCGAAAGUGCAUGCGACGGCGAAUGUUGAACAUCCGCGGUGAGUUUGAAGACGUGCGCCGCGUGUGCUCGGAGAUGUUCGGACGAUUACCGCAAAAUAUUUUGGACGAAGAAUUGUUUGAGGACUUGCGACGCCUGAGAGAGACAGCACGAAGCGUGAGCGAUGAUCUCGCCCGCGUUCGCUCGUGCAUGUUCUCGUGCAACUCCGCCCUCGCUCUUCGUGGAGAAUCGGCACUGUCGGAACGCUCGCGGCGCGAAGUCAGGAGUCUAUCGAUGGACAUUUUGACGUGGGUCGAUAACGCACAGGACGACGUCGAGCUCAGCAAGGCACACAUGGGCGCCAUGGAAACGCUGGCAUCUCUCAUCGUCGCCGAGAUCGAGGCACGCAAGGAAAGUCCUCAUCAAUCGGCGAAGAAGAAGACGUCGAGCGCGCUUCUCGAUACGAAACCGCCUCUGCUCGCGCUGAACGAAAGCAAAGCAUCUUCAGGUCGGGCGCUCAUCGUGGAGUUGGAUGGUGAUGAAGACGUCACGCGCGAGCGCGUUGAUUGCGCGCGAGAGACGCUUCGCGGCGUGUUGCAUUUGGCGUGCCACACAAAGGAAGGCGUUCCAAAGUGGGUCGACGACGCGCUGACGAAGGAUUUGUCGUUGCGGCUCGCGAUGAUGAAUGUCAUUAUCGCUGCGGCGCGGCGUCCGUCGAUCGAGAAGGCUUCGCUCAUGGACGAAUGUUUUCCUCCACUCAUCGCCUGCGUCGAGCACCGCGGCGAGCCAGAAGUGCGCGCGGCGGCGCUCCAAGCGCUGAUGAUGAUUUUCCACGGCGCCGAGCGCGACGUGGACGAAACACACGCAGUAACGCUCGUGCGAACGGUUACAAACAUCCUUCGGGACCACGCCGCGGGUGAUGGCCCACGAAUGGGCGCCACCAAAGUCGCCACCGCCUUGCUGGCGGCUGACGAGGACGUUUUGAAAGCCAUCGAGCCGCACCUCGAGGCUUUGCGUCAAGGUCUCGAAACCGCCGCGCGCAUCGCCGUCGAUCCCGAAGUCGCCGCGCUCGCGACGAAGCUCGCGACGUGCAUGACGACUCCGAGCUGAGCUUUCGCGGCGCAUUAGACGCCUUAGAUUUUAGUGAAUUGUAGCCAAAAAUUAGGAGCGCGCGAACGA